AAACAAUUUGGUAAUCUGCCAAAAUGAAGUUCCUUGUGGCUUUUGCUCUUCUUAUAACGUUGUGUGCUGCUCUCCCGGCCAAUCUUGUGCCCGGUGACAACAGCCACUACGUAGAGGGUGAAAGCCGCUACAUAUGGAUGUCUGAUGGUGACGGUGUGCCACACCUCGUGGACUUACACGCACCUGUAGACCACUCCGUUCUGAACUCCAGGAAUGGUGCUAACAACCAAUACUGGUUGUUUACAAGAAACAACAGAAACAACCAUCAACUUCUCAUUCACAAUGACGGCAACUCAGUCAGGAACUCGCACUACUCUGGCAACCGCCCUCUUAAAGUGGUCGUGCACGGAUGGAACAGCAAUGGAAACUCAGAUUCUAGCGUUAUAGUGAGAGACGCUUUUCUAGAUGUUUCGGAUUGUAACGUCAUCGUUGUCGAUUGGCGUGGUCUUGCUAACGGCUUGUACACUACAGCAGUCAAUGGUGUGCCCGGUAUCGGCCAGCACCUCGGCGACUUCCUUAAUUGGCUUAUAAGUAACCAUGGUGGCAACUGGAACAACGUACAUCUUGUUGGGUUUAGUUUGGGAUCUCACGUUGUUGGAAACGCUGGUAGACAGAGUGGGCGUCGCGCAUCUAGAAUUACAGGUUUAGACCCCGCUGGACCUCAAUGGGGUAACAACGGUAACGCUCUAAAUGGCAAUGAUGGCAUAUAUGUCGAGGCUAUCCACACAGACGGAGGAUUGCUAGGUAUUUACGAUCCUAUCGGAAAUUCCAACUUCUACCCUAACGGCGGAAGAAAUCCUCAGCCUGGUUGCUCGAUUAGCACUUGCUCACACGGCCGAGCUAACGAAUUUUUCGCUUCGACUAUCCGCACAAAUCACCUCGUAGGAAGACAGUGCUCCAGUUUAACUGAAGUUGCAAACAAUCAGUGUACUGGAAGUUCUCUGAAUAUGGGCAACGCCAUUUUGACAAAACGCGGGUCCGGUCUUUAUCGAGUGAACACUGGCAGCUCUUGGCCCUUCUAAUGAACACGUAUUUUUAAUAAAAUAAUUAAAAAGCUUUAUAUAA